CUCGACCAAUAGCCGCGCUCCGUAUCGUUGUUGUGCUCGUGUUGUGGUUGCGGCGUGACAUUGCGGAGUUUCAUGAAGUAAAUAUUGUGUGCGAGUUUAUAAUGCGUUUCUUUUUCAGGCAAACGCAGUUAUUGCUGAGAGCGGUUAAGAGUAACCCGGGCAGGGUUCUCCUGCAGCAGCAUUUUGCUCCCGCUCCCUGCCUGCCCAGACCAGCAUGCAGCUGGAUCCUCACUCGGGCAGCAGCAGAGCGCCCGGCUGUGCCGUGCGGCAGGCUUAUGGGGCACCGUGAGGGGGGAGGGGUGCUCCAGCAGCUGGGCGGGACAGCGCUGCCCUGGAGCCAUCAGCAGGUCCGCACCCGCAAGAGGGGCACGGAGUACCAGCCGAGCAACAUUAAACGCAAGCGCACCCACGGCUGGAUCAGGAGGAUCAGCACGCAGGGGGGCAUCGAGGUGAUUCUGCGCAGGAUGCUCAAGGGCAGGAAGUCACUCACACACUGAGCUCUGGACUCUGCAAGGUUCAGAUCCCGCUGUCCUGGAUCGUCCCUGUUCAGAUUCCUACUGUUACGCCAUGUACUGUAAAGACCUCUUUUGUAAAGAAUAAUAAACCAGUGUGCAUUUCUUC